GGGACGGGUUUAACCCGUUUGUAACUCCGUACAGAUGUAUAGAUAGGGCAGGCGUAGCCGCGUAGGUCUUAAGCUUUUAUAUCAUUCUUUCGUCAAAUCAACGCUAACUACUAGAAAAUUUUCCAAUCUCUUCACUCGAUCGUAUCGUUCUACUGUGUUUACUAGUGUAGCGCAGCUGUAAACAUGUCUGAUGAUGUGGAAUACCGCUGUUUUAUCGGUGGGUUAUCAUGGUCAACAUCUGAUAGAGCUCUAAAAGAUGCGUUUUCAAAGUUUGGACAUCUUCUUGAUGCAAAGGUGGUUGUAGACAAGGAAUCUGGACGCUCACGAGGAUUUGGAUUUGUGACUUUUGAUGAAAAGCAAGCGAUGGAAGAUGCAAUUGAAGCAAUGAAUGGAAUGGAUUUGGAUGGAAGGAACAUCACAGUAGACAAAGCUCAACCUCAAGGUGGUUCAGGCAGGGAUUAUGGUGGUGGCGGUGACCGUGAUCGUGGGCGUGACCGCGGUCGUGACCGUGAUGGAGGCGGCCGUCGUGGUGGUGGAGGUGGUGGCGGUGGUGGUGGUGGUGGUGGUGGAGAUUGCUUCAAGUGUGGUAAGCCUGGACAUUUUGCUAGGGAAUGUCCAAGUGAAGGCGAUAGAGGUGGCGGUAGGUACGGUGGCAGGGAUGACCGUUAUGGUGGUGGACGUGGCGGCGGAGGCGGCGGCGGUGGUGGUCGUUAUGGUCCUGACAGGAAUGGAGAUCGUAAUAACGGACGCAGUAGGAAUGGCGGCGGUGGUGGCGGUGGCGGCAGUGAUCGGUAUGGUCGUGACCGUUCUGGACCAUACGAACGCCGAUCAAGUGGCGGUUUCCGAUGAUGGAAGAUUCUGAUGAUGAUGGAGGAUCUAAAAAGAUGAAAAUGGUGGUGGUUUUUGUUUCUGAAAGAUGUCUCGUUUUAAUUCGUACAAUGUAGUAAUGAAUCAAAAUCAAACUUUUGAAAGUUUUCACAACUUGGGACUCGACUACUUCUAUGUUGGAUUGGUUCGGUGUGUUCUAAAAUGCUGCUCUCUUUCUCUA